GUUCCAUGCCAGCUGGGCGGCAGUUAACACGCGGUCUACUCUCUCGCCAUUUUGUUUUUUGUCUCGCUCCUUGUUUUGCUGUGUUGUUUUGUCAGUUGCUGUAACAAAACUAACACUGUAGAGAAAGAGAGAGAAAGUGAUAGAGUAAGAUUAAGAGUAGAGUUAGAGGGAUAGAGUAAGAUAAAGAGUAGAUUGCAGUUAGAGUAGGUGCGAUAGAGUGAAACCCAUCACUCUCUCUCUCUCUCUCUAUUUGAGCUGAGUGAAGACAAAAUGAUGGACAUGCUAGAUAGUGAAAUGAUAAUUUCGGAAGUUCAGCGUUACCCGUGUGUUUAUGACUACGACGAUCCGGAUUACAGGAAUCAGAAAUUAAGGAGGAACGCGUGGAUGAGUAUAGCCAUGAACGUGGUGGGGGAACAAUGGGACGAUAUGGACAAAGAAACUAAAGAGAGUAUUGCAAAGGAUGUUCAAAAGCGAUGGAAGAGUAUGAAGGAUAGUUAUCAAAAGUCACUGAAGGAAGAAAGCAAAAACGCUGAUGGAAAUGCCAAGAAAAAACGUUACGUCCAUCACAAACAACUGAGCUUUCUCUUACCAGUUUUUAAUCAGAGAAAGGCAGAAAAUACGAGUGGACUCGACGAAGAUCAUUCUGAGUCUAUGCUUGAAGGAGAAAUGAUUGUACUCGAUAAUAAUUUAGAGCCAGCUGUUACUGUGGAAAAUUCGCGUUUGUCAAGAAAACGAAAACAUGAUCAGUUAGAGAAUGGAAGGACGAAAGAUUCCUACAUACCGGUACAGUCUGCUCCUCGACUUGAAAAUGCUGAUCCCGAUGAGAUGUUCUUGCUAUCCCAACUACCCGCUGUGAAAAGGUUGAAUCAAAAUGACAAAAUGCACUUUCAGAUUAAGUUUCUGCAACUUCUGCAGUCCUACAGUAAACAUUGAUAUUGUGUAGAAAGAACACCUAGUUGUAAAUACGAUCAGAAAACGGCCAAAUUUUCUACGCAUUCCAGAUUUUAAGUAUAAAGACUGUAUUGUAUAAGACUAUUCAAAAAUCGAAGAAGUAGUCAAGUAGUACAGUAAUAUAAUAGAAAAAGCAUUCAUGGAGCUUAUGCUUUCUCUAUGGUAGUACAACUUGUUAAUUUUUUAGUUUUUUGUAUACCGUACUAUUAUUUUCUAUGUUGUAUCACAUAUUUUAUUAAAUAAAGCUUACCAUUGCGUAACA